AUGACCUUCCACAAGCUUGUCAAGAACAGCGCGUACUACAGUCGCUUCCAGACCAAGUACAAGCGCAGAAGAUCAGGCAAGACCGACUACUAUGCCCGCAAGAGGCUCAUCACCCAGGCCAAGAACAAGUACAAUGCGCCCAAGUACCGCCUGGUCGUCCGCUUCACCAACCGCGACAUCAUCAUGCAGAUCGUGACCUCCGAGAUCACUGGCGACAAGGUCUUCGCCUCUGCCUACGCCCACGAGCUCAAGGCUUACGGCAUCGAGCACGGUCUUACCAACUGGGCUGCUGCCUACGCCACCGGCCUGCUGAUUGCCCGCCGUGUGCUCAAGAAGCUGGGUCUGGACGAGGACUUCACCGGUGUUGAGGAGGCUGAUGGCGAGUACACCCUCACCGAGGCCGCUGAGACCGACGAUGGCGAGCGCCGCCCCUUCAAGGCUUACCUGGAUGUCGGUCUGCACCGUACCUCCACUGGUGCCCGUGUCUUCGGUGCCAUGAAGGGUGCUUCCGACGGUGGUAUCCUCAUCCCCCACUCCGAGAACCGAUUCCCCGGCUACGACAUGGAGUCCAAGGAGCUGGACGCCGAGACCCUCCGCAAGUACAUCUACGGCGGCCACGUCGCCGAGUACAUGGAGACUCUGGCCGACGACGAUGAGGAGCGUUACAAGAGCCAGUUCCAGAAGUACAUCGAUGAUGACAUCGAGGCUGAUGGUAUUGAGGACAUCUACACUGAGGCCCACAAGGCCAUCCGUGAGGAUCCCUUCAAGAAGUACGAGAGCGAUGCUCCCAAGAAGAGCAAGGAGGAGUGGAAGGCCGAGUCCAAGAAGUACAGGUCCACCAAGCUGAGCAAGGCGGAGAAGGAGAAGAGAGUCCAGGAGAAGAUUGCUGAGCUCCUCAACGCUUAA